AUGGCCUCCCUCAACCCCCUCACCACCACCGCCUCCGACCAAUGCGCGCACCUCCAACACCCCAACCCGGCCACCGUCACCCUCGCCUCCAUCAUCCUCGUCGGCAUCCUGAUCUCCUACCUCCCCCAACACAUCAAGAUCAUCUCCCGCCACAGUUCCGAGGGUCUGUCCCCUUGGUGGGUGCUACUCGGCGGUCUGUCCAGCAUCGCCGCGAUCGGGAACAUUCUGGUGCUUCCGGCGAGUCGCGAGGAUGUCAAGUGCUGUAAAGAGGUGACAGGGGGAGAGUGUGCGGCGGCGUUAUUGGGCGUGGCGCAGAUUGGGCUGCAGUGGGGGUGUUUUAUGUUCAUGUGCGUCUGCCACCCCUCCCUCAAGUUCUGUACUGGACAUGGCAGGGACGAGACAAUCAAAGCUAACACCGCCUACAGCGUAAUGCUCUUCCUAAUCUUCUUCCCCACCCGCUCCACCCCCGCCGACCUCUCCAUCUCCACCCCCUCCCUGUCCUCGACAACAACCCCACCCCGCCGCCGCGAUGCUUUGCUAGUAACCCUCCUCAUCCUUGCCGCCUUCCUCGCAACCGGUCUCACCUCCCUCGCCACCCUCGCCGUCUACCCCCACCACACGCAGUCCCUCGCCAACGCCCUCGGAACCAUCGCCGGCACGCUAUCCGGGAUCCAGUAUCUGCCGCAGAUCUACUUUACGUGGAAAUUGAAGUCGGUCAAGAGUUUGUCCGUGGUGACGAUGUUGAUACAGGUGCCGGGGGCGUUUCUGUUCGCGUUUAGUCUGUUUUUGCGGGUCGGGUGGGAGGGGUGGAGUACGUGGGGGGUUUAUGUGGUGACGGGUUGUUUGCAGGGGGUGUUGCUCGGGUUGGCUGUGUGGUAUUGGUGGGAGGCGAGGAGGGAUGGGGUGGUGGAGGGAGAGGGAGAGGUGGAGGAGGAUGGUGAAGAUGUGGAUGAGAGGAGUGCGUUGUUGGAGAGAGAAAGAAGAAGCAGAAAAAAUGGAACGGCCAAGAAGGGGAGGCCGAUCAAUGGGACGCAGAGGAGUGCUGGGAGUGGCAGGGGGCUCGAUUUACUCUAUGCUGCAACGCCUCCAGAGCACGACUCUGAUCGGAGUCAGUAG